CCGCUUUCUCUUUCGGCUCCUGUUUGGAGCCGCUCGGGGGGGGGGGGUGAUUUGCGUCCCGGGAGCGCGAGUUCGAGCCCCCUUUCCGGCCCCUGGGAAUAAAAUGUGCUGGCCGGGGGCGCCUUUACCUGCGGGGAGCCACGGAUCUGGACCCUUCCAGGCGCAGAGUGUCUCUCCGAUUCGUACUGCAUUUCCGGGACGGGAGACGGAGAAGGCUGCGUAAUGGCUGAUCAGCGGCGUUUGGACACCUCGGGUUCUGUGACUUGCCGCAAACGACCUCGGCUGGAGGCUGAUCCGGGCCACGUCCUUGUGGCGGGCACGUACCGAUCUGGCGGGCUGCCCGGCUAUGCCGCUGAGGGUCAUUACAGCUACCAAGGGACCUAUUUCAGCUACCCACUGCAGUGUCACAAAUCUCCUGAGCUGUUGACGCAGUGGAGUCCUUCCGAGCCGUAUGUGAAUUGUAUGGAUGGGACCGUAAACCAGCAACUCAGAUCGGAGAAAGCGCACCGCGUGUUGUUCAGGCGAGAGUCAGAGACCUAUGAGAUGUGGGUACAAAACUCGAGCUACGCGAAGAACCAGGAUUGCCUAGUUGGGGAUCCACUAGUCGCUCAGGAAAAAUGGGCUAAUUAUAUGGGCCACGCGGACGUUACACAGCAGGGCUGGAACCAGCGAUUCCCAGUGCCGUGUUCCACUCGAGCACCGACGGGAUGGCCUCCCUUAGCGAUACCCAAACCAGUUUACCGAAACCAUGUUUACUGUACAGACACUGACUAUAGCCCCAAAGGUUCCCUAGCAUCAGGAAUGCUGGCAGACAUCCCGUCGAAACAUCCUGCGGACACGGACUGGUCGCUCCCGUCUUCAGCGUACCCAGUUCAUGGGGGCUGUGGAAACACGGCCCCCCCAAAGGCCCCGGUUGCGGAAUCGGGUUUCCGUCCAUUCCACCAAAGUUGGAAAGACGCAGUCGCCUCCCCCGCCGGCUUUUCACCUUACCAGAGCAUGUUUGAAAACUUGCAAGUCGCGCCGAGUGCUUUCUUGGCGGACGCGAGCCACGCUUCUGGAUGCGAUGAUCGGAAAAGCGUCCCGGAGGAAUGCGCCAGGAGCCCUUGCAGGAAGGCCUCGUCUAAGCUACCUCCCGCUGGCAGCCCGUCGGCAGGAUCCCAGGGCUUUAUUUAUCAAGAGAGGUCAUCAGCGUGCUACCCACUGCCUCCAUACCCGCUAACCUCACACGAGCAGCUAGCCCUUUAUCAACAAAACGUAGCCCAGGCUGAGAAGCAGAAAGCUCUGUUUGCCUUGUCGGGUUGCAAAAGUUUCAAUUGCCCGACCGGCGAGGAGCCAAAGCUUCUACCAAAGACUUACGCCCCCCCAGCGCCCAAGAGUUACUCUCCUGGUCAACUGGAGAGUUACUUCUACAGGUCCUCUCCGGUGACCUCUCCUGGACUUAAAACCUCAUGGGAGCAAACGUCUCAACAGAAUUCUCAGUCCAAGUCCUCCUUUGAGCAGAGGAACCCCGUCCCCGUGUGUUCGGUGACUGAAAAGGCAUCAUGCGGUAACUCCUCACCCGGCCAAGAGGUCGUGCCACAUUGGUCCAGGGCCAAUAGCAUGGGAGAGCCAGCGAAUGAGAGUUUUCGGUGUCGGCAGGUAGCUCCCCAACCACAGGCUUUUCAUCCCCUUCAGCCCGCCGAGAAGCUAUCCAGCUGGGUCAACGGCUACAAUCGAACGCAAGAAGCCAAAUACGGUGUAGGCCUUUCUCAGUCAGAAAAGGGCCCCUCGAGGGAGGGGGGGUCUUUGUAUGUGGAGAAGCAAUUCGGUUUGAGCUCUGACGACCAGAAAAGGAGCGCUGACAAUACUCCUCGGUCGGGAGCACGUGUCGUUAUCCCGGACAGCCCUGUGGCCUCACAUGACUCCUGCCUCAGAGGAGACUCGCCGAGGGCUCGACAGUCCGAGGGCUCGGGAUCCUCCAUCCGCCAUGCGCCGCAGCCCCAAGACAGAGAACCGAAGGACUUAAAACAACUGAAAGAUCCCCUGCGUCCUUGCUCCCCCCCCAUGCCGGUGAUCCACAACGUCUUUAGUCUAGCCCCUUACCGGGAGUACCUGGAAGGAACUGCUACUACCCUUCAACUCCCAUCUUCUGAAGUAUGUCCUGCAGAGAAGCCCUCCCUUCCGAAGUCAUGGCAAAGCGAGGAAGGGGAAACCCUCCCUCGGCCUCCCUCGGCUGGCUUAUCGAGAACACCUGGGGCGCUGCUAGAUGGAGGGAAAGAAACCACCUGUGAAGCUGAAUCUGAAGAUGGCAGAAAGGACCCGAGUGGCAGCUACCUCUCGGCAGAGAGAGAAGGCAGAAGUUGCGCGGGGUUCUGCGAGAAUUACCAGGCGCGUCAAAAUGCACCCGCGGCCAGUCUGUGGGGGUCAACGGGCGGCGUGAGCGAACUCGCCAACGAUAACCCUGUCUUAGACCUCAGCUUAAAAACGGAAGGGUUGGCGGAUGUGCCCCACGUUUCGGAGCUAGCUGGAAAGUCUCAGGCGCCUGAAAGGGAAAAUAGCAAAAGACAUGAUGUAAAAAAGGGCCCAGCCAAGGAACAGGCGGGGCUACAAGAGACAGACUCCCCGACAUUACCGCUGCUGCAUAAAAGCAGCUUGGAGGAAAAGGGUAAUUUUCAGAGCUCCGCAGCAUUCUUGUACAAAAAAUUCAAGAUCCUGAAAUGUCACACUGCGGGGUCAAACGGUGCCGUGGCACAGGGCUGCCCCUCAUUUCAGUCGACUUCUCAUGUAGCGGCGCUUUCGGAUAAUUUCUGUCCGCCACAAGGUUCCGAGCAGUCGGCGACUGGGCAGAAGAGCCUGGCGAUGCCGCAAACCCCCCCACCUGCUUGGCAGAGCUGCAGGCAGGCAGUGGCGCAGCAGAACGGCCACCAGACUGUGACUCAGCAAAACAGCCUGCCUGUGCAACAGGGCUGCCAGCGGGGGGUGACUCAGCAAAACAGCCAACUUGCUCAGCAGAACAGCCAACAGGUGGCGACUCGGCAAAACAGCCCGCAAAUGGCGACUCGGCAAAACAGCCUGUCGAUUCAGCAGAACUGCCACCAGACUGUGACUCAGCAAAACAGCCUGCCUGUGCAACAGGGCUGCCAGCGGGUGGCGACUCAGCAAAACAGCCAACUUGCUCAGCAGAACAGCCAGCAGGUGGCGACUCAGCAAAACAGCCUGCCGAUUCAGCAGAACUGCCACCAGACUGUGACUCAGCAAAACAGCCUGCCUGUGCAACAGGGCUGCCAGCAGGUGGUGACUCAGCAAAACAGCCAACUUGCUCAGCAGAACUGCCUGCAGUCAGUGACUCUGCUUGUUCAACAGACCUGCCAGCAGGUGGCGACUCAGCAAAACAGCCUGCCCGUCCGGCUGAGCUGCCUGCAGGCAGUGACUCAGCAAAGCAGUCUCCUUGUCCAGCUAAGCAGCCCGCAGGUGGCGACUCGGCGAAACAGCCUGCCCGCCCAGCAAAACCUCCCACAAACGGUGACGCGGCAAAACAGCCUGCCCGCCCUGCAAGUGGACCACGGAAAGUCGGCCCAGCCCAAUACUCGGCGAUUGCCACGCAAGUGCCGGAAUGUUACUCAACAGCCGGAUGCUUCGAAACUCCUGCCGCCUCCGGCGCCGGCCGGCUCUCCUGCUUUGGGAGAGGUCAGCGGCCCACUUCCCCCCAGCUGUGAAUCUCCCGCCCAGCAACGUUCAUCCAAGCGGUAUUUCACUGCCCUGCACGGCUCCCUCUGCGCCAUCAUUUCUGAUUCGGUAUCUACCUCUGCUCCAGAACAGCUCAGGGAAUGGCUGGAGAAAGCCGAGGCUGAGAGGGAGCCGAAGCCGAAGGCGGCCAGCUCCGCCAAGGCCAAGAGCGGACCGAAGACUCCCGGCUCUCCGAAGCCCUCCAAAACUCAGCAGGUCUGGCUGGCCUUCAAGGACGUGGCUGGACUCCUCAACCAGCUGAUCUCUCAGCUGGAGACCUUCCUGUUCAUCCGCCAUUGCCCCUUCCCGCACGUGGUGAGGGCGGGGACCAUCUUCGUCCCCAUCCACGUGGUGAAGGAAAAGCUGUUCGGCAACCUGCCGGGCGCCUCUGUCGACCACGUCCUUCAGCAUCACAAGGUGGAACUGCGUCCCACCACCUUGUCGGAGGAGAAGCUCUUGAGGGAGCGGGACCUGAAGACCUGUCCCUCCCGGAUGUUGAAGCUCCUGGCCUUGAAACAGCUGCCCGGCAUCUACCCGGACCUCUUGGAUCUCCACUGGCAAUACUGCGUCAAGCAGCAGUUGGGUGAACCCACAGAGGAGAUCCAGAACGGGGACCUCAAAGCUGCAGGAACUGAGGGUUUGGGGACAGCAGAAGUGGCCAGAUGUUUGCGGAAUACACCUCAGGUGUUCAGUCUGGGAGUCAGAGGGAAACACAAGCCAGGUGGAAAAUGUGAACCGAUACCCAGCUCGCCCUCCAAGACCCACCGACCGAUUGUUGAUGCUCAGGGAACCUCGCCUUCCAGCCGAAAGAGUGCUGCGUCCAUGCCAACGAAGGAGCCGGCUCGGAAUGAGGUCACCUCUGGGGUUUUGAGGGAAAAGCGCUUUCCGUUUCGCUCCGGUGCUAAAAGGCUGCUUUUCCGAGCUUCUCAGCUCUCCGGAGCUCUCCGAGUCAAACUGACUGACGGUGUCGCCCGGAGUACCUCAAAGCUCCUUAGCCUCCGAAAGUCUGUUGUUCGUAUCAAAUCCCAGAAUGCUCUGCAGGAGAGACAGGGGCGUCCUGUCCCGGCGGGGAAGAAGCGCAAGAGGCCAACCUCGCUGCACCUGAAGGGUAUUCGGCGACGGAGAAUGGAGGGGAGUACCUCUCCAAGGCGACGGAGAAUGGAGGGGAGUACCUCUCCUUCUCGCCUUGGAUACCCAGAAUUAGUUGGCAGACGGAUCAGCCACUUGUACGAGGAGAAGGACAAAUCCAAAGCCUGGUACCAGGGGAUGGUGUUGCGAGUCCACAAGCGCCACAAAGACCCACUACAGACAGUGUAUGAGGUGACGUACGACUGUGAGCCAGAGUGGCGAUAUUACCUCGAGAUCCUGCAAGAUUACCAGAAAGGGUGGUUGGAAGUGGAAUAAAAUCUAGUCCUCUCCUCAAGAAUGCCAGAAGCCUAGAUGGUUCAGAAAUUGGAAACCUGCUGCAACGGGGUUGGGUUGCCUUCCCAGGUUUAGGGCCUGAUCCUAGCUUGCUUGUAGCUGGGCUGUCUCCAGUUCUUUUUUGUGGAGAGGCAGCCACCAAAAAGUCCCUGCAGCACAGACGAGAUUCCCUGUGGCUAUUGAAAACUCAAUUGUAAUGUGUGUGUGGGGUUUUUUUUAUGCGGAGACGGGGAGAAGUAACUAUAAAACAAGGGACUGUUGGAAACUGUUGGUGAUCUCAAAAUGGCUGCCAAAGUCUGACAAACAAAGUCUGUUGUGUUUUGCUCUUGGUUUGUAAAUAAUUGUAACCCCAGGGAUCCCCCCAUAUUGGCAGUGCGUUCCACUGGGUUCAGCAAAUGAUAUCCCUCUAACCUCUUCCCUCAAUUGAAAUGGUUCAUAUCAGCAAUGAUCUGGUUGGUGUGUAGGCUAAUCUGGAUUCCCUUGUUUUGUUAGAGAAGGCAAGCUGGAUGAGUGGGCAGAGGAAUCCUUGGAGCAUGAGGGCAGGUGGAGGAGAGUACCCCAAGCAGAGAAGAAGUCAGCUACUCUUGAGUUUACAACUGGUAACUCGGUUGGCUGUUUUGGAGCUGUUUUGUAGGAUUCCUUUACCUGUUAAGAUUCAGAAUUUGUUAACGGGACAUCUUGCGAGUUAGACCCUCUCCUUUCCGGGUUUUUUUUUUUGGGGGGGGGGGGGUCCUUCUUUCUUUACUAAAUUGUUCACCCAUAUUUUUUUUCUUACGAAGAGCUGUUGAAAGGUAAAGUAGUUACUUGGUUGUCUCUCUAUGGACCAGAGGAGGGGGGGCUCACGACUGUAUGCGCCAUCCUUAAAAACAAAAAAAAAAGUUUUCUGCACAAGGAAAGCUAGAAUCUCUGGACAGUGGAUUCUGGCCACUUGCCCUGAGUGGCUAAGUUUCUAGGUGAGGAGAAAUUUAAUUAGGGAGGAAUAUUCAGUCAUUGUUGCUUUGAAAUGGGAAAGUCACCUCUUCAGUUGCUCUCUGUGAAAAAAAUAGAUCACGUUUAAUCUCUUUGGGGUGUCUUUGUGGUUUAAAUGGUGGGAAAGGGGUUGACGGUGAACUUUCUAUAUGGGUUUACAUGGAGAAGGCAGCCAUCGUUGUAUACUCUGCUUUCUACAAAGUGAUGACAUCUGUACAUUUGUGGCCUGAACUCCGCGAUCACAUUUUAGAUGAGUUGUUUUUGCAUUCCUAAAGAGCUAAGACUGGUUAUGCCUGGCUUCUCAUCGGUACUUUUUCAAUGUUGCCUUCGCCCCCACCCGCCAACAAAAUUUGAUGGUUCACAGCUUGCAUAUGUUACCUUCUCGAAGAUCUGUUACCUCUAUUGGAAAGAGACUGGAACCCACAAAGCGUGCCUGUAUUGGAAAGCUCUCCAAAAGAUGCUUGAAGGAAAUGUUUACAUGGAGUGCACUGUAAUUUAAUUUUGGGCAGGAGCGGAAUGGACUAUUCUUUCAAAAGGACAGCGAGUUCUGUUUCUAUUGGGGUGACCCAGGACCAGUUGGGGGAGAUGAAAAUCAUGCUUGAGAAUUGACUUUCCGCAGCCGCUCUGAAUGGAAUGGAGUUUUGUACGUCUCCCGAGGAAAAACUUGGGUUUUCGAUCCACCCGUCCCGUUUUCGCAAACUCCGAACCAAGUUUCAGAAAGCGGAGGAGGACACUCGGACACAGAGGAGCCAAUUAGCCUCAGGAAAUCAUCAGUGGCUGACGCCUCGUGAAUGCUGGGAGGAUGUUGCUGUAUUUUAUACUGUUAUUAUUGAAUGUAAUAUUUUGUACUGAAUCUGCAGACCAAUUGAAAAUGGUUGGUGUUGCUCUCCCGCGCUGUUCUCCCUUCGCCAGGCGAAGUCUACAAACAAGUCUCGGCCGUGUGUUGAAUACUAUAAAUGUUGUAUAAAGUUCCAGGGGAGCCGAGUUGCCUUUCUAUUUAACAUUUUUUGUAAGACGAGAGUUUCUGAGAAGUGCUUCACUGAGAUUAAAACGGCUGGAGGAUUUUUCA